AUGACUACAAUAAAUAGCACUUUCAAUCAUGACUCUGAAGAAGUUCCUAGACCUGGAGAAAUGAGCGUGGACGGAUCGCUCAUCGACAAGGAAUCGCCGCCACCCUACAUCACGUUCCGGAAAGGAAUGUCACAAGGUUGUGAGACUGAAUUCCGUCAAGAGUUUAAGUUAUUUCAAGAGUGUAUACUAUCCACCCUGGAGACCUGGUUUAGGAAACAAGAUGACAAGUUUUCGGCAUUGCUUGGGGAAUUCGAGUGUGUGAAGAAAUCUAUUCAAUACAUCAGCGAUAAAUAUGAUGCCCUCGAAGAAAGUACAAAGGCAAUCAACAAACGUGUUCAGAUUAUAGAACAAAACAUCCAAUCAAAUGAACCACGGAUUGCCGACCUGGAAGCGAAACUGGAAUCCAUGGAACAAAGAGCUCGUAACUGCAAUCUUGAAAUAAGUAACUUACCUGAAAAACGCGGAGAAAAUUUAAUGACUAUCAUUGAAAACAUCGCUACCGUUCUAAAACAACCUAUAUCUCCCCGUGAUGUGAUCACCAUCCACCGUGUACCCCAGUCCAACCCAAAUAACUCACGGCCGAAGAACGUUAUAGUAAAACUUUCCAGUCAAAUUAUUCGGGAUAACUUCAUCUCAGCUGCACGUCUCAACAAAGGAAUUACAUCUGAGCAAAUAAAAAUACAAGGUCCCUCACAGAAAAUAUAUUUGAAUGAACACUUAACACUGCUGAAUAAAAAGUUAUUUCGUCAAGUCAGAGACAUCGCCAAGGAAAUUGGUUACAAGUUUGUCUGGAUCAAACACGGAGUUAUACUUGCCAGGGCCGAUGUCAACGCCGCUGCCAUCGCCAUUCGCUCGGAAAAGGAUAUUUCGAAACUUACUCGUCAAGUACCGGGAAAUUAA